AUGAGGCUUUCAACUGUCUUCAGCGUAGCUGCCGCCGCCAGCUCUACAUUGGCCUGUGAUUCUUGCUAUGGUCCCUCAUCUGCCGUCGUUCAUGAACGCAAUGUUCGACGAAUGCAACCGGAAGCCAGCAAUGCUACUUCUGGCCCGAAGAGUCCACUUGAAUGGGGUCAAUUGAACUUCUUGCACACCACAGAUACUCAUGGUUGGCUUGAAGGACAUCUCAAGGAGCAGAACUAUGGUGCUGAUUGGGGUGACUUUGUCUCGUUUUCCAGACAUAUGAAGCACAAGGCAGGGAACUUGGGCGUUGAUCUUUUGCUCGUUGACACUGGCGAUCUCCACGAUGGGAACGGACUCAGUGAUGCCGCUCUUCCUAAUGGACUUCUGUCAAACCCCAUAUUUGAGCAGAUUGAAUAUGACGUUCUCACCAUUGGCAAUCACGAGCUGUAUUUGACCAACAUUGCAUAUGAAACCUAUCAAAAUUUCAGUAAGGUCUGGGGCGACAAGUAUGUCACUUCGAAUGUCCAGAUCUACAACCCCGCUACAUCUCAGUUUGAGUACAUCGGAUCAAAGUAUCGCUACUUCACCACUCCUCAUGGUCUUCGGAUCAUGACAUUUGGCGUUCUCUUUGAUUUCACAGGCAACUCAAAUGUCUCAAAAGUCAUCAAGGCUGCAGACCUGGUACAGCAGCAAUGGUUUUUGGAUGCAGUCAAUUUCUCAGAGCCUGUUGACUUGUUUCUUUUAAUUGGUCACAACCCCAUCCAUGGUUCUGGGUCUACUUUUGGUCUCAUUCAUGAUACCAUCAGAAAUUUGCGUCCGAAUACACCCAUUCAAGCAUUCGGUGGACACACACACAUCAGAGAUUUCACGGUCUAUGAUGACAAGAGCACUGGUCUAGAGUCUGGGCGGUAUUGUGAGACUCUUGGGUGGCUAUCGAUGACUGGGAUCAACUCUUCAACCUUCAACGGCAAUUGUAAACCUCGUGGUGUCGCCAAUCCAACACGGAAGGCUACCAACACAUCCACUUCCGGCCUUGUUUACUCCCGGAGAUAUCUGGACUGGAACCGAUUGACAUUCGAGUACCAUGCCACCAACUCCCAGGAUAGCACUUUCGAUUACCACAGCGGUUUGAGAGUUUCAGGCGAUAUUACGGAUGUUCGGAAGAAGCAGAACCUCACGUCCCUCUAUGGUUGUGCACCUGCAACUUGGUGCCAAUCCUGCCAACCCUUUGAAUCUGCUGGAAACAUCUUCAGCCUCGUAGAAACUGCUCUCGGGGCUACUGUGAUCAAUGCUUCUCGAUCUUCCAUUCCUCGAUACAUCAUCCUUAACACUGGAUCGAUUCGAUUCGAUCUCGUCAAAGGGCCUUUCACAUAUGAUGAUAGUUUUAUCGUUAGUCCUUUCACCGAUGCCUUUCAGUAUAUUGCCAACGUCCCUUACCACAUGGCGCACAAAGUCCUCGCUAGUCUCAACGGUGCCACCUUGCCAGACAAGCGCAACUCAGCUGGCUCAACCUGGGGUACUAUGCCCCUCGUAGUCGAGAGAGACUCCUGCGUCGACCCCACUGUUGGUCUUAUAUCCGGAACUACGAGCGAGCUCAAGACACGCGGUAUCUCUCGACGCCAAACUGUCGGCCCGGGAUAUACCACUACCGACGCGUUCGGCACAGAUGGGGAUGACACAAUCCACUCCAAGAUCGCCUCGUAUUCGCAACCUAACUAUGUACAAGGCAACGCUUCCUUCCCUGUCGAUGGCACCACGCCAGCUACUGUUGAUGUGAUAUUCCUUGAUUACUUUGCUAGCAACGUUGUUACUGUCCUGAACGCCAUGGGUGCAAAUUAUACCUCGGCUGAUCGAAGCUACUACCUGGACCAAAGCUUUACUACACAAAGCUACUUGCCUGAGUAUGCCAAGUUGAAUUGGCAGGCCAACGUGCCAAACUGUCCAGUGGGACAAGGUGUGGGAUUCAGCAGUAAGGCUUGA